AUGAGCAAUCGAUAUUUGGAAAGAUUACAAAGAGUCGAGGGAGUGCUGCUGAUUGAAAAGCUCAAGAUCGAUAUGAAAGAGUUGAAAAGCGCUUGCAGUUAUGGAAUCCCCGAUCUUCUUCGACCAAUUGGCUGGCGUCUUUUAUUAAACUAUCUCCCAGCUGAGCGACAAUUAUGGAAACAAUUCCUUAAAGAACAUCGAGCAAACUAUGAUACUUUAGUUGAACAAUUAAUCCUACUCAAAGCUGAAUCAGAAGAAGAUCAUCCGCUAAACGAAUCAACAUCAUCCGAAUGGAAAGGAUUUUUUGAAGACAAUGUGACUCUCGCUCAAAUCGAUAAAGAUGUGAGACGAUUGUGCCCGGAGAUUCAAUUCUUUCAACAAAGAACUCUAUUUCCACAUAAAUCGGGAAGCCGGGUUAAUCUAUCGAUUCGAGUCACUGGCGCUGAGCUUGAAGCACAAGACUUUCGAGUGGAUAAAUUUGGAGUGGCAAAUCUAAAGAAUUCGGCACGUCGACGAGCAAGCAAUGACGUUUGUUCUCCCGUUGAUCACAUUCAAGGAGAAAGACAUUGGCAGGUGGUUGAGCGAAUUCUCUUCAUUUACAGCAAGUUGAAUCCUGGAGUUAAAUAUGUACAGGGAAUGAACGAAGUGAUCGGCCCUUUGUACUACGUAUUUGCUUCGGAUUCUGAUAAGGAAUGGGCCGAGUUCGCUGAAGCCGAUACCUUCUAUUGCUUUCAACAGUUGAUGACUGAGAUCAAGGAUAAUUUCAUCCGAACGCUCGAUGAUUCACAGUGUGGAAUAGAAUCAAUGAUGCGCUCUUUCCACGAAUUAUUCAAUUCUUUCGAUGCUCAACUCCACCAACACAUGGUCAUCGAUCUCCAAAUUCUCCCUCAAUUCUACGCCUUUCGUUGGCUUUCCCUUUUACUUUCCCAAGAAUUCGCUCUCCCCGAUGUAAUCACUUUAUGGGAUUCUCUAUUUGCUGAUACGCUUAGAUUUUCUUUGCUACCUUAUGUUUGUUUGGCGAUGAUCGAGUCACAACGGGAUUAUCUAUUGAGUGCAAGCUUUGCCGAGUCACUUCGAUUGCUGCAGAAUUUCCCUGAGGGAAUCGAUGUGGGCACUUUGGUUUGUUUGGCUCAUGAUAUUCGUGAGGGACGAGUGUGCAGCAUUGAGGCGCCACAAAACGAGAAAAAGACAAUGACCAGUCGUGCAGUGAACUUUAAAGAAAAACUAAAGGAAUUCGCGAACAAUCUCAAGAAA